AUGGCGGAUCUCCGGGCGCUGUGCAGUGCUUGCCGCCAGCCACUCAGUGGGCCGCUGGUGGCGAACUCCUGCAACCACGUGUUUCACAAAGAGUGUCUCAGCAGCGCGGAGACAUGCGGGCAAUGCUCGGCGCGGAUAUGGCACAACAAAGCGCUCAGCUUGUUCAACCUGUCCUUUGCCGACGGAGAAGGGGACGCGUCGGUCAUGAAAGCCGUGGCCGAGCUAAAGAGAAAGCGGGAGGACUGCCCAGAUGUCACGGCAGUCGAUGCCUCAGACGACGAUGACGACUUUGAGACGCACGGAAACCCCAUCGAAGAGGUGGCGGCCAUGUGCAUCCUCCGCGAGAGGCUCAAGGAACUGCGAGGCGAGGUGCAGACGGCGAAGUGGGCCUGGCAGACUGCGUGCGAGAACCGAGAGAAGCAGGAAAGCCGCCGCCGCCAGGCGCAACAGAGCGUCGAGAAGCUGGAGGCCACGACCAACAAGCUCAAGGGCAGCAUCAAGAAUGCCUGGCAGCAACGAGAUAAGCUCAGCGAGCAGCUCCAACAGGUGCACCUGCGCGAUGCCGUCCUCGAAUACUGGGAGGACUUGAUGAAGCACUCGCCGGCAAAGGGCCUGGAAACUCUCAAGACCUACGCGGGAUUGGUGCCAAGACCGGCCCGGCUCAUGGCCCAGGUGGCCCGCCUGCGCGACAGCCAGCGCAAGGCAAAGGACACGGACCUUGCUGAGGCCGCCAAGGCCGAUGCAAGAUACGAUAAGGCGCGCCGGGAGAUUGCCGAGCUUGAGGAGGUGGUGAUCGGAGGAUGCGGUGUCGCCGGUGCAAGCGCGGCCAUGCACCUAAGUGCGCGCGGGGCGAAGGUUACCAUCGUGGAUCCGCGCCCGCCCUUGACGGCAACCAGUCAGUUUUCCACAGAGUGCUACCGCGACUUCUUCCUGGACCCGGCGCUGGUGCCCUUCAUGUCACGGUCAGUGGACCUCCUGGAGGAGUUGGCUGGCGAGGCCAACGAGAUCGGCCUCACCAGGCGUGGCUACAGCUUUUUCACGGCCACGGACGAGGGCUGCGAGGCCUUUGAGGCUUUCGCGGACAAGGCCUCCAGCUAUGGCGCGGGCCCUGUACGACGACAUCGAGACUUGUCCUCGUACCAGAAACCUACAGACGAUUUCCGCGACCCAAACUUGGUGGGCUUCGACCUCAUUCGCGGCCCGGAGAACAUUUCGAGCAUCUUUCCCUUCGUCGCAAAGGAGGCGAAGGGCUUGCUCCACGCGCGGCGCUGCGGGUGGCUGGACUCACAGGGGCUCGGCCGGAGCAUGCUCACCAAGGCCCGCGAGAAGGACGCGACGGUGCUCCGGGGCCGAAUCGCGGGUUUUGACGUCGAGGGCGGCGACGUGGCCGCCGCGCGCGUGGUGCUGAGCGACGGCACCGAAAAGCGCCUCCCUUGCGAUGCCGUGGUCAACGCCGGCGGUGCCUGGAUGUCAGGCAUCAGCGCGCUGCUGGGCCGAGGCUCGCCUCUGCCGCUCGUGAACGAAGUGCACGCCAAGGUGAUUCUGCAUGACACAAAGGCUGUCAUCCCACAGACCCUGGCGCCCUUCAUGGUGUGGCGAGACAAGGUGACACUGGACUGGGAUGACGAGGUAAAGCAGGGACUCCUCGAGAUGGAUGACACUGCUGAGGGGGGGACCGUGAACGCAUCCGCUUGGAUUGGUGAGCAGCCGGGAGGUCAACACCUCCGCCCAGCAGGCAAUGGCUGGAUAGUGAUGCUGUGGGAGCACCUGCACAAGCACCUGCCCAUCGCCAAGGUAUCCGGAACUUUGCCUGGCUGGGCUGCAGCGGAUGGUGCCAACGCUGGCACAGUACGAGGGCCAGCUGGGCCGGGACACCGUCGUGGAUGGAGGAUACUACACCAACACCCCGGACGGACGCCCGCUCAUCGGCCCACAUGGCUGCCGCAACUUCUUCGUGUGUGGUGGCAUGGGAACCUACGGCUUGAUGGGCUCCCCUGCAGCAGGGGAGCUUGUGGCCAUGCACGUCAUGCAGGAGGAGCUCCCCAGCUAUGCGUCAGCCUGCAGCUGGCCGCGCGGUGCUGCCAAGGCUGA